UAAUCAAGUGAGAUGAGCUUGGCUCUGAAAAUUUCCAACAAAGGCAGGUAGUAAAAAGCCGUUAAAUUGGGCCCGCUUCAGCCGUUGAUCUCUCUUUCCUCGUUCCCUCCUCUGUUUCUCUUUCUCUUCCAGUUUUCCCAUUGAUCAUCUUCGCUCCAAUUCUCUCAAUUUUAUUUUAUCGAUUCGAACCCUAACCCUAUUCUACGAUCCGAACCCUCUACCAAUUCAUGUUUAUUUCGAUCAUACAUUAAUACCCAGAAAUUUUAGCUAUUCAAUUACCGAUCUUCUGUACAAAUUAAUUGUCGUACGAUCAUAAAAUCUGCGAUCAAUAAUAACCGAUUUUGAAAAGCAAUUUAGGGGAUUUAGGUCAAAUUUUUGCAUUUGAUAUUCGAUUGAAUAAAGGAUGUCGAAUUUAUACGGAGAUUUUAAUCAGAAAAUCGAUUAUGUGUUUAAGGUGGUAUUAAUUGGGGAUUCAGCUGUGGGGAAAUCCCAGCUUUUAGCUCGAUUUGCGAGGAAUGAAUUUAGUGUUGAUUCAAAAGCAACAAUUGGGGUUGAAUUUCAGACCAAAACCCUUGUGAUUGAUCAGAAGAUCGUCAAGGCUCAGAUAUGGGAUACUGCUGGCCAAGAAAGGUAUAGAGCUGUUACAAGUGCAUAUUACAGAGGAGCAGUUGGAGCAAUGCUAGUAUAUGACAUGACCAAGCGUCAAUCAUUUGAUCACAUUGCGAGAUGGCUGGAUGAAUUGAGGGGGCAUGCUGAUAAAAAUAUCGUGAUCAUGCUAAUUGGGAACAAGUGUGACUUGGCUUCUCUUAGGGCAGUUCCAGUUGAAGAUGCAAAGGAGUUUGCUGAGAGAGAAAACCUGUUCUUCAUGGAGACAUCUGCUUUAGAUUCGACAAAUGUUGAGACUGCUUUCUUAACCGUUCUGACUGAGAUAUACCGAACAGUCAGCAAGAAGACUCUCAGUGUCAAUGGUGAUUAUGAUGUAAGUAGCAAUGCAGCUCUACUCAAGGGAACCCAGAUUAUUGUUCCUGGUCCUGAGGUAAAUAACCAACCGAAAGGAGGUUGCUGUACUUAAAUUAUUGGUAACUCAGACUCCUUUUUUUCAAAACAAAAAUUUUGCAUUAAACCAAAGCUUGUGUCAGGGAAAUUCUAAACCCGAUUAGUCCAGAGAUCGAAUGAAUUUAGGAUGUAACGCUGUAUAGAUCUUUUUAAAGCUUCCUACGUGUACGUCAAGAGAUCUUCUGAAAGAAGAUGAUGAUUACUGGCAAGUAUUUCCAAAAUUUUCAUUUGGAAGUUGUUUCUAAGAAAACUUGAGCAACUUUUUGUGGGUUUUACCAAAGUGCAAUAGAUUAUAGUUUUUGCUGUUUUUCUUGGGAGGAUGAUUUUGGGGUUAGUUGUCCUUUUCAAUCUAGGGAUUGUUAAUCUUGUGGAUCAUUUUGAGUUCAUAUUAUGUAUUAUUGACUUAUUAUAUAUACGUGUGUGUAUCUAAUAUCAUUCAGUUCUGAUGGACUAAUUUCUAAAUUCCCUACUUGGUUUGUUAUUA